CGUCUGCUCGUCUCGAUCGCACUACGACGACGACGACGCGCACACCGCUAGCGCUAGUGCGGGCAAGCUACCGCGCACGUCCGCUCCGCCGGCCACCGCCAACAUGAUCGUCGUCCCUGCCGCUGGUCGUCGGGCGGGCCUCUCCUCCUCCGCCGCCGCGGUGGUCGCCGUCGCACUCGUGGUGCUGUCCUUGCUUCCCGCCGUAGCCGUCGGGGCGCGCGGCGUCCAGCAGCAGUCGUACCGCCGCGGCGGUGACAUUGCCGGCGGCGGCCCCUGCGCACUGGCCGUGGCGCCGCUCGGCUACCCCUGCGAGGAGCACCAGGUGACGACGGCGGACGGGUACAUCCUGAGCCUGCAAAGGAUCCCGAGGGGCCGCGGCGGCGGAGGCGGCGGCCGGGCGGCCGGCGGCGCGCGCGCGGGGCAGCCGGUGCUCCUGCAGCAUGGGGUCCUUGUGGACGGCAUGUCGUGGCUUCUGGCGUCGCCGGAGGAGUCGCUGCCGUUCAUCCUCGCCGACCGCGGCUUCGACGUCUGGAUCGCCAACAACAGGGGCACGCGCUGGAGCCGCCGCCACGUCUCCCUCGACCCGUCAAGCCGGCUCUACUGGAACUGGUCCUGGGAUGACCUGGUGGUCAACGACCUCCCGGCCAUGGUUGACUACAUUUGCAGUCAGACCCGGCAGAAGCCCCACUACGUCGGACACUCCAUGGGGACGCUGGUGGCGCUGGCGGCCUUCUCGGAGGGCCGGCUGGUGGACCAGCUCAAGUCGGCGGCGCUGCUGACGCCGGUCGCCUACCUCGCCCACAUCACCACGCCCAUCGGCAUCCUGCUCGCCAGAGCGUUCGUCGGAGAGCUCCUCUCCGACUUGCUGGGCGUGGCCGAGUUCAACCCGCUAGCGCCUCCGGUGACGAACCUGAUCAGGGCGUUCUGCCGCAGGCCCGGGAUGAACUGCUACGACCUCGUCGGCUCCAUCACGGGUAAGAACUACUGCCUCAACAGCUCCGCCGUCGACGUCUUCCUCGAGUACGAGCCCCAGCCGACGUCGACCAAGACCAUGGUCCACUUCGCUCAGACCGUGCGCGACGGCGUGCUGACCAAGUACGACUACGUGCUGCCGGAGUGGAACAUCGCCAGCUACGGGCAGGCGGAGCCGCCAGUGUACGAGAUGUCCAACAUCCCGGCGGGAUUCCCGCUCUUCCUCACCUACGGCGGCCGGGACUCGCUGGCCGACCCCGCCGACGUGCGCCUCCUCCUCGACGACCUCCGGGGACACGACCGCGACAAGCUCACGGUGCAGUACCUGGACCAGUUCGCACACCUCGACUUCGUCAUCGGCGUCUGCGCCAGGGAUUACGUCUACAAGGACAUGAUCGCCUUCUUCGACCGCUUCCACUAGUUCAGUGUCAGUGACUUCAGCCUCCGAGGGGGCGAAAGGAAGAAAGGUCACUUCACUACACAGACACAGCCAGUAAAAAGAUUGUAUCAGAGGUUAAAAUAUAUGCAGUAAUCAGAUAGAUAUUUAGUUGAGAGCAAGGAGGCUACUAGUAACUAUUACUCCGUAGGUGUGAGGGGGAAGGUGAUCACUGGAAUAGCGGUCAGCAGCCGGUCACACUGCAUUGCAGAUUCGCAACACUGAACGGUUAAAAGAAAAAAAUAUAGUAGCUCAUAUAGCAUUAUGCUUUGAUUAUGUGUACCUCUCCAUGUCUGUUUGCAACAAAUUAAAUGAAUUUAUGAAGAACUAUGCUGUAGAAAACAUUUGAAGUA